UGCAAAGAGCCUUGGAUGUGGCGUAAAAUCGACAUGUGUAUCCUGAGAAACCUCAAAAGGUUGAUUGAGUAUGAUAUCAUGAUGAACCCUGAAGAUCUUGGCACCGAUGUUCUCCGCACCUUCGUCGCCUAUAUAUCAAGUUACCUGAAUCGCCUUGGACGUAUGAUGUGUCACGCCGUUGAUCUGAUAGACAUUGGAAGUUUUGGCACCGAAUCCCUCCUCACCUACAUAGCUGAUAGAUCAAGUAAUUUGAGAUGUCUUAGACUUGUUAAGUGCGAUCAAAUAACAGGCAUGGGACUUUUCAAAGCGGUCAUGAAACUUUCGUUGCUUGAAGACCUCGAGCUUUCAUACUGCAACAUCAGACGACUGCAUUUGGAAGCUAUAGGCUAUGCUUGCCCGCAUUUGAAGAUAUUGAAGCUAAACUGUCAAGCGUACAUGCCGCGCCUUCCCUCGCUUGAUUCUGAUCAUCAUAUCUUAGACAUUGCUAAAACAAUGCACGAACUGCGUCAUCUCCAGCUUUUUGGUAACAGACUAAUAGACAACGCCUUGAACGCCAUUCUCGACGGUUGUCCUCACUUGGAACAUCUCGAUUUACGCCAGUGUUUCAACAUCAACCUUGUAGGGUAUCUAGAUAAGUGGGAUCUGGAGAAGCAUUGUUCUGUGAGGAUCAAAGAUUUGAGACGCCCCAACGACUCUACAGCUGAUUACCCCUUUGAUACCAAUAUGGCCGAUUGGUUUUUUUAA